UGCUCAAGAAGGGAGAUGAAAAUGCAACUAGUAAAAAAGAUUUGAACACCAGGAGGCAGGAGGUACUAGAAGCUGUCAGUAAGCCUUUGCUAGAACAUGUUCAGAGUCAUGCUAGAGAACUUGUCCGCAACAAACAAACAUGUCUUCUUGUAACUGCUAUUUUCCAGAAUGCUGUUGGUGAUAAGAAGCUAGCUAUGGAAGCUAUCUGUAAUUUGGCAUCAGAAGACUUAGUAGCCAUUGAUAGGGACUUAACAAAUGCACUGGAUAAAAUGCAUAUUGUUGAACACCCUGCUGGACAUAUUGUGUUGAAGAAACUUAUUCAACAAGACAAAGAAACACAGAAUUCAGAUUUUAGUGAUAUGUUGGUUGAGAAAGUGGGUACAGAGAAGAUAGUGACAUGGAGUAGCAUUAACAGGGGAGCAUUCAUUCUCGUUUUCCUGUUGGAUUGUGGAAGUGAUUCUGUAAAGAGUAGCAUUAAGGAAGCAAUGACACCUAUGAUGAAGGUACUACAAAAGGCAGACUUUAAAGGAGCUCAAGUUUUAGAAGACAAAUUGAAAUGAAAAUAACUGCAAUUGUUUUAAAGUUUCGUUAAUUCAAUAUGCAUUUUUUAUCUUUUUCUAUGUCUUGUCUUUCAUGUUCUUAUACCGUAAUACUCUUAAUGCAUUCAUUAUAUUCUUUUCUUUUUAGUUUAGAAGUGAAGCAAUUUGGCUUCAUUCAUUUGUUUGAUACUCUCAGCAUUGUGGUCAAGGGUUUGAGCCCUUACUGUGCAAGAAUACAUUUUAUUUGUUUGUCCCUCUCUACCCAAUAGUAUAAAUGGGUACCGGCAUAUGUUGGGAAAGUAAACAGACUGUACAGAGGCAUGGUGAUCCCCCUACAGUGUUGCACAGUCUGGGCCAUAUGCUAAAGAGUGUUCUGGCCUGUACAGAUUUGACUAUCUCUUUAAAAUUCAUCUUAAAUUCAAUUAAGUACAAUGUCACAAUAUAAAUUACAAGCAAGGAUAUUUCAUAAUGUUUUUUAAUAUGCGAUUCCUAGAAAAGUUGAAGUCUAUAACUAGUCCAGGCAAAGAAAAAUUUAGAAAGAGAGAGUAGAUUGUUGCGAUUGAUAUUGAGUUUUUUAUUUAUUGGUAUAAAAAAAAACUCAGAUAAAAAUGUUGAAAACUUAAAUAUAAAUAUGACUUACUGUACAUUAAUUAUGUAAAAAAUUAAAAUCCAAUUCAGCUUUGUUCAAAU